AUGACUUUCACUCGUUUUAUCAAAGUCUUUUGUCUUGAUUGCCAUAAAGGAGUUUCGUUCCCCCUCACUUAUUCUUUAUCGUCGUUAAACCUUCAGGAGUUGAAAACUUCACCUCGACUUUUCCCUGUGGUUAUCGCGGUAACCGCUAUGAACGCGGUAUUAUCACUAGCGGUUGAUGACAAAAAGAACAACACUGCUUUCCUGUUUCUUCCCUUCGAUGAAAACGUCGUCGUCAUCUUUGAUAAAGAAAAAGAAGAAGAAAAACUUUUAAGAAAAACGGAAUCCAAUUUUGGAGUCUGA